ACAAUGGAAUUGCGCCAGUUUCGCAUGCAUAUUAGCUGUCCCUUCCUAGACACCGAUAUAAAUCAAGCGCCUUCCUAGAACUGCUCCGCAUACACCAGACGCGCCGUGUCUCUUGCAUGCCCAAGUGCUCUGCCAGCGCGCGCCCACCUGACCCCUGCAGCCGGCCGAUUCGGAUCAGCGUGACGUUGAUCGCCGCCGACCACCACCGGCGCAUACACUCCACGCACCGCAUAGACACAGCAUGUACCCGCUGUCGAGGUAGCAGAGCCCGGUGCAGCGACUGCAACCCCCCUCCCAAACAUGGUGGAGCUCUCACCGGGCGCCAGCGUGGCUCUCGGAGUCAUUGUUGGCCUCCUCUCCACCAGCGUCCAGAGCGUCGGCCUGACGCUGCAGCGAAAGUCCCACCUGCUCGAGGAAGAGAAGGAAGACGACUAUGACCGCCGGCCCCCCUACAAGCGCCGGCGCUGGCAGCUGGGCAUGCUCAUGUUCAUCGUGGCGAAUGUCGUGGGCAGCACCAUCCAGAUCACCACCCUACCGCUGCCCGUCCUGUCCACCCUGCAGGCUUCCGGCUUGGUCUUCAACUCGAUAUGCGCCUCCAUCAUCCUCCACGAGCCCUUCACCCGCUACUCCUUCAUCGGCACCAUGCUCGUCGCCGCCGGCGCCCUCCUGAUUGCCCUCUUUGGCGCCAUCGCCGAACCCUCGCACAACCUAGACCAGCUAUUGGCGCUGUUAGUCCGACACCACUUCAUUGUAUGGAUGGUCAUGACCGGCCUUGUCGUCGUCCUAUUGCUUGUUGCCAACUGGGUCCUGCAACGCAUAUACCCCCGCGCAACUCCGCGCCUGCGUUUGGUUCGCGGCAUGUUUUAUGGCUGCGUGAGUGGCAUUCUUUCCGCACACUCGCUGCUCAUCGCAAAGAGUGCAGUGGAGCUGCUGGUACGCACCAUUGUCGACCGCCAUAACCAGUUCGAUCGCUGGCAAUCGUGGAUGAUCCUCAUAGGACUCGUGGUCUUCGCCCUGACGCAGCUUUACUACAUGCAUUGUGGUUUGAAGCUAGUCAGCACAAGCGUACUAUACCCCCUCGUGUUUUGCGUUUACAACAUCAUUGCUAUUAUCGAUGGUCUUAUUUAUUUCCACCAAAGCGAACGAUUGUCGAAUCUGCACGCUGGCCUCAUUGCUUUGGGAACGGUGGUACUGCUUGCAGGCGUGGUCUGCCUAAGCUGGAGGCUGGAAGAGAACGAGGAGGAGCCCAUGUCGCCUGUGUCAACCAAGCACCCUGGUGUGCCCAUGCCGCAGUCCGCCCUAGAGCCUGGUCUAGGCCUACUACACGCUCACACCUCGGACGAGCCAGAUGCUCCUUUGGACAUCGAGGAAGCAACACCAGGCCUCCACGGAUCUGUAACAGAGCAAGCGAAGCGCAGGUCUGUUGAUGAGCGGACACCAUUAUUGGCACGCGCGCCUACUGGACCCUCGUACACUGUGAACUCUCGAUCGAAGAAGAGUCCAGCAUUAGACCUCAAUACUCGCAGUCCUCGGCCAAGCCCCAGACCAUCAAGGAGACGAAGAAUGACCUUCUCUGAGGAAACUAGCGAGAUCUGGGACGAGCUGAAUGACAGAGACUCGUUGCCUUCGCCUGUAAUUCACCGAUCUGUCGAGUCAGAUCGCAGACCACGAGCAGGCACGCUCCCCCGACAAAGGCAAAAUACCCAAUCGGCAUGGCUAGAUCAGAUGCGCAGGCGUUCGUGGUUUGAUGGCAUUAGCGCUGGUUCCCAAAGAAGUCCGACGAUAUCACAAGGAAAAAGACGUUCAGACAGCUCCUCGACGCUGCUUGACCACCCUGAUCCAGAUGACGAUCACUCUGAUUCAGACCUCGUCGCGCACAGAAGCGGAACGUGGGGCUUUGGAGGAGGCACACGCAGCACCCACGAAGGGCCUGGCGAUUGGCUGAAGCUGAGAUGGUGGAGAAAGAAAUUACAGGGUGAUACAGAUGACGAGCAGGAAGAACCCAGAAGCAGAGCAACAUGAUAUCCCGGCACGGUCCAAGAAUUUGAAUAGACGAAUUACGCACAUUAUUGCAACGGUCCUGGGCCUUCUUCUUGCACUGCAUCAUGACUGCCUUUUGUUAAUAGGGUCGAGGAUCGCUAUAGCGCCUUCCUCCGUAAAUCUUCCGUGGAUCCCCCGUGAAUUUAGCGUGGUGGGGCGUUGACACCUGCCGUUGUUCAUGCAA